CCCUUCGCACACACAUACACCCUCCAGAGGCUCGCCCCAGCCGCGGGGCCAGUCACACUGCGUCCUUUCCUGCGGGAGCGCUGAGGGACAGUUCUUGCGCCUGCGCAUUGCGUCGCUGCGCGCCUCCGAGGCCACCGCCCGCGCGUCCUCGGGUUCUCUGUGCGCCUGCGCGCUCGGACUCCUCUCCCCGCGGAGCACGGUUGAGUCAGUCAGUCUGUCGGAGUCAGUCUUCGGAGCAGCCGUCGCCCGGUACUUCGGAGAGCCAGCUGCUGGAUUAUUCUGUGUCCCCUCCCACUCUCCGGUCCCACGUCUCUCUUUGCCUCUCUCCCGCCCUUGCUCGUACAGCCAUGGCGGAGUCGUUGGCGGCCACUCAGUCCCCGUCAAUCUCCUCGUCGUCCUCCGGGGCCGAGCCGUCCGCUCUCGGCAGCGGCGGGAGCCCGGGAGCCUGCCCCGCCCUGGGGGCGAAGAGCUGCGGCUCCUCGUGUGCGGAUUCCUUUGUUUCUUCCUCUUCCUCUCAGCCUGUAUCUAUAUUUUCGACCUCACAAGGCAACGGUCCCUGCAACCAUUCUUCCAUUCCAGACAGUUUCCCAGAGCAGCCUGCUUUUCUCUCAAAGGAAACUGGUUCAGCAGAAGAGUGGAUAGUUAAAGACCAAGAACCCAAGAACCCAAACAAGGUUCCAAGUGAAGAGGACAGAAGUGCACUGGAUCUUGGGCAGUCUAAGACAGAACACAUUUGCACAUAUUCCUUGUCCCCAUCUGAACUUUCAGGAGCCAGUGUCGAAAAAGAUUCUCCUGAGUCACCAUUUGAAGUAAUUAUUGACAAAGCAACUUUUGACAGAGAAUUUAAAGAUUUGUAUAAGGAAAGCACAAAUGACCUGGGUAGAUGGGCAGCUCACAGUGAUAGAGAAUCCCCUGCAGACUUAUUGGAAAUGGAUGACAAAGUGUUUCCCCUGAGAAAUAAAGAGACAGGGCGUUACCCAGCUUCUGCGCUACUCAGUAGACAGUUUUCACACACUACAGCAGCACUGGAAGAGGUGUCUAGAUGUGUGAAUGAUAUGCAUAACUUUACUAAUGAAAUAUUGACUUGGGACUUAGUUCCCCAAACAAAACAACAGGCUGAUAAAUCAUCUUGCACCACAAAAAGUACAGGACUAGACAGGAGUGAACAUCACUCAGAGAUUCCAGUUAUAAAUCUUAAAACAAAUACUCAUCAGAAAAUGCCUGUAUGUUCUCUUAAUGGGAACACUCCAAUCACCAAAUCCACAGAUGACUGGGCAGAAGCAUCUUUCUCUCCAGAAAACAUUUCCGGAAAACCUAUAAAAGACUACCACCUCAGCUCCACAAAAGCCAGUGACAGAGGUAUGUCAGGCAGUUCCCAGCCACUUCCAGAGCCACCUGGCUCUGUGCCUGAGAAAUGGGUCUCAAGCUCUGGAGCAACCACAAUGGAAGUAUCUUUACCUAACCUGAGGGAUGCCUGGCCUAACUGUGUGCUGGGAGAAGUCACAGAGGUUGAUAGUUCUGGGGAGUCCGAUGACACAGUCAUAGAGGAUGUAACAGCAGAUCCCUCAUUUGAGACCAACAAAGUUCUGCCAGAAAAACCUGACUCCCGUUCAGGUACUGCUGCAAAAACAAGUGCAAGGGAUAUCAAAGAAACUCCCAGUUGUGAAACUGUGAGGAGUGAAAUGUGUGAAAAUUCAGAAGAGCCAAGUAGUGCCUCUGAGCUGCAUCAGGCCCAGCCAAAAACUCCUACUCAUAGGAGUCUGGAAGGUGAGGUGUGUUCACAAGUACCUAAUACUCUGAAUGAAGUUGCACCUGAAAAGCCUGCUAUGACUGACAACCCCCAAAUUCCUUCAACAGCACCCCCAAGUGUUCUUAGUGAGACAGGAUUCCCACUAACUGUGACAGCUUCUGCCAACUUGGAGUCUUUGCUUGGAAAAUAUGUUGAAGAUACAGAUGGUUCCUCCCCAGAGGACCUGCUGGCUGCCUUCAUAGGAGCCAGGGAGAAAGGGCUCGAGGGUAAAGAGCAUGGGAGCUUGGAAGCAGUGUUAGAGAAGACAGCAGACUUUAAAAAUGCUUUCCCUGUGGAACUCUUGCAUGAACAUGAACUAGGUGGUUCUGAAACCAAAUACAGUGAACAUAGCAAAGAAACAAAUGGAGGAGAGCUGAGUGUGCUCUCUUCUCAAGGUGCCCUCCUGGUGUCUCCUGACUUAGAGCAGGAGCAGCUCACCAUCAGAGCCAUUAAAGAAUUAGGAGAAAGGCAGGCUGAGCAGGUGCAAGCUGAAGGAGCACCUCCUGGAGGAAAACUCAAGCAAGCCUUUGCUCUACAAUCUUUGCCACAGAGGUCAUCUGACAUCCUAGAAAAAACAGAUGUCGAGACUGCAGCUGAUCUUGGGAUUUCCAGAAAGCCAUCUAUCAUCAAAGACACUAGAGUAGAUCCUAUUUCCAACCUUAGCAAGACUGAAACAGUUAACAAGCAUGCCCUAGCAAGACUUCUGUCUGAUUUCUCAGUACGUGAUCUGAUUUUCUGGCGAGAUGUGAAGAAGACCGGCUUUGUCUUUGGCACCACGCUGAUCAUGCUGCUCUCGCUGGCAGCUUUCAGUGUCAUCAGUGUGGUCUCUUACCUCAUCCUGGCUCUUCUCUCCGUCACCAUCAGCUUCAGAGUCUACAAGUCUGUCAUUCAAGCUGUGCAGAAGUCAGAAGAAGGCCAUCCAUUCAAGGCCUACCUGGAUGUGGACAUUACCCUGUCCUCAGAGGCUUUCCACAACUACAUGAAUGCUGCAAUGGUGCAUGUCAACAGAGCCCUCAAACUCAUCAUUCGUCUCUUUCUGGUAGAAGAUCUGGUUGACUCCUUGAAGCUGGCUGUCUUCAUGUGGCUGAUGACCUACGUUGGUGCUGUCUUUAAUGGAAUCACCCUUCUGAUUCUUGCUGAGCUGCUUGUUUUCAGCGUCCCAAUUGUCUAUGAGAAGUAUAAGACGCAGAUUGAUCACUAUGUUGGGAUUGCCCGGGAUCAGACCAAGUCAAUUGUUGAAAAGAUCCAAGCAAAGCUUCCCGGAAUCGCCAAAAAAAAGGCAGAAUAAGCACAUGGAAGCCAGAAGUGCAACAGUUACUAAAACGCCAUUUAAUAGUUAUAACAUCGUCACUUGUACCAUGAAGGAACUUGCUCAGUGUCAGCUUGAGCCUGGUUCCAAGUUGUUUGUUCUUUUUAAUUUGGUGUUCUCUCCCCUCCUUUCCCUUUACCCUCAGUACCAAGCACAAGACGUGUUAGACUGAAAAAAAAAGAACUGAUCUCUUAGAACCCAAAAGAAUAGUGAAUCAAAUUAAUAGAAUUAAUCAGAACAUAACAGUGGUGGAGCUUUUACCUGUACCAUGAAAGGAGAAAAAGAGAAAUGUCUCUAGGGUCCUCUAUCCAGUUUCAAGGACUCAUAUCAGUUCCCAUUUAUAUUUUUGCCUGUAUUUUUAGUUAGGAAAUAAUGAUUAACUUAUGAAUUGUCUGGGGCAGGAGUGGGAUUCCUUCCAUUGGGUUUGUGCGGCCCUCCAGUCCCACUUUCCUGCCUUACAAAUAAGAAGCCACUCCUACUGCUCUUCUUCUUAAUGAUAGAACUGUCAACUCUAAAUAACUUACAGGUGAUAGAGGUAAUUCCCUUUUCCCAGAAUGCCAUCUGAGAAGUAUGGAGGGGACAGAGUGGGGUGGAGCAGUCAGUGGGAGGGCAGCAGCCACCCUCCUGCUGCUCUUCUAGGGGAGGAAGGGCUCUGCCAGCUGAGAGGCCAGUGUCCAAGCCAUUGGUCUGGGAUACCAAUGUAAGUGUUGGUUUGAGAAAUCAUUCCAGAAUGUGCUUCUCCCUCUUUUCCUUGCCCACCUUACCUCAAGUUUAAUAAAUAUGGUUGUACUUUUCUUAUUAUGAAAUAAAUGUCUGUAACUGCUGUACACUGCUAUAAACUUAAGAAAAAUAAUUUGCAUGUGGGCUCCCAGCCAUUGAGUUACUGUAAUCCUAUCUUAGUCUGUGGGGAGUGAGGUACAGGAACACAGAAAGCCUUCCUGUGUCUUCCCUGCUGCUUCCACCUGUGCGGUUUAAGUUCAGCCUGAGGACUGAAGCCCUACUGGCUGCAGGUCAUGUGUCCGCAGUUUAGAGGCCUCAGUUAACCGAGGGGGAGGUGAGUGGGUGCUGUUCUGAGGGGAAUCUCCAUUUUCAGACACAUUUAUGACAUAGUUCCUACCAUGGCCCACAGUGCUCAUUUGGAGAGUAUUUUCAAGAAGUUUUAGGUGGUGGGUGGCCAAGCAGGACCAGGAGAUGUUGAUAGACAACAGAAUAAUUUAUGAUUGACUGGGGGAUCUUGAUGCAUUGCCUUCAGCAAGGAAAUCCAGUCAGCUCAUAAACUGGCAUCCAAGGGAUCCUUCAGUUCUGAGCCCUACCUAUUGUGAGGAAAAGCUGGGGCCUCAAAGGUUAUGUCAUCUUCAAUGAUCAUAAAAUUCUGUGACUGUAAAAAUAGGAAUGGAACCUCUUUCCCCUCCUUUUGGGAAAUGACUUAAGGAUUUUGAUUGCCUUACUUCAUUUUCUUAGUUUCUUUGCCCUUGUUCAUCUUGAAUUUUUGGUUUCCAUUGUAGAAAACACUCCAUCACCAUCCUCUGCCCUCCCAGGAAAUGAAUGCACUGAUGGUCUUUGGGGCUUCCCAACUAGGGACCCCAUUCUGCACUGGAAGCCUCCACACCUUGCUCUUUUCUUUGUUGCUGCUGUGUUAAAAUAAUUGGAAAGAUUUUUGUGCCACAUAGUAAUUUUUCUUUUAAGAAAAAUCUAUAGAUGAAAAAGUUACUAAUGAAAUUGUGUACGUGUCUGUGCGUGCAACAUAAAAAUACAGUAGCCUCAAGGAGCUCUUUUGGUCCCUGUAAAAUUGCAAAUUGAUGUAUUAUAAAUAAAGAACACAGUGACUGUCUCA